GCGAACAGCCAGUGAAGCAUCCAGCCUGCCGAACAAGCUUUGCUUUUAGGGUCAGGAACUGGUCUGACAAGAGAAUGGCAGUCCUGCCUUUAAACCGUCACUAGGACUGUAGGCUGACGAUGAAUCCAGCGGGACUCCAGGCCCAAAGGCGAGACACUGAGCAGGAGAAUGUGAAGACAUAUUUCAGGAUCUUGUGAGUGCUACUAAAGAUGUCUGAUAGUGUCGAUAUUGAAGAGAAGCCACCAGCCCCCCCCUUGAGAAUGAACAGUAGUUCCCGAGACUCUUCAUCAGUGAAUCACGCAUCUAAACCACUUCCAAUGGCUCCUGAGGAAAAAAACAAGAAAGCUCGCCUGCGCUCCAUCUUCCCCGGAGGAGACAAAACGAACAAAAAGAAGGAAAAGGAACGUCCAGAGAUAUCCUUACCCUCAGACUUUGAACACACAAUCCAUGUCGGCUUUGAUGCUGUUACAGGAGAAUUUACGGGAAUCCCGGAGCAGUGGGCACGGCUCCUACAGACCUCGAACAUCACCAAGCUGGAGCAGAAGAAGAAUCCACAAGCUGUGAUCGACGUGCUGAAGUUCUACGACUCCAAAGAGACCGUCAACAACCAGAAAUACAUGAGCUUCACCUCGGGAGACAAGACAGCGCAUGGAUACAUUGCAGCAAACACUCUGAACCGACUGCUGUCUUCUGGGCCUCCUGUCAGCCUUAGAACCUGCAGCGCAUUAUUUGACAAGGGUGCCAAAACGUCAACAACAGAACCCCCGAUUGCUCCGCCCGUUUCAGAAGAGGAGGACGAGGAGGAGGAAGAGGAGGAAGAAGAUGAAGACGAGGACGACGAUGACGAGCUGCCCCCGGUCAUCGCCCCUCGACCUGAGCACACCAAAUCUAUCUACACGCGCUCCGUCAUGGACCCACCAAAGCCCCCCGCCCCGGUCAAAGAGGAGUCAACUCCACCAGAGUCGCAGGUUCAGCCUGACAACACCUCCAACACGAUGUACCGCCACACCGACCGGCAGAGGAAGAAGUCCAAGAUGACAGAUGAGGAGAUCCUGGAAAGACUCAGGAGCAUUGUCAGCGUGGGGGAUCCCAAAAAGAAGUACACACGCUUUGAGAAAAUAGGACAAGGAGCGUCUGGCACCGUCUACACUGCCAUCGACAUAGCAACUGGUCAAGAGGUGGCCAUCAAGCAGAUGAACCUGCAGCAACAACCCAAGAAGGAGCUGAUCAUCAACGAGAUCUUGGUGAUGAGGGAAAACAAAAACUCCAACAUAGUGAACUACCUGGACAGCUACCUGGUAGGAGACGAGCUGUGGGUGGUGAUGGAGUAUUUGGCUGGAGGCUCGCUGACGGAUGUUGUGACUGAGACCUGUAUGGACGAGGGCCAGAUCGCCGCCGUCUGCAGAGAGUGUCUCCAAGCUUUGGACUUUCUACACUCCAACCAGGUUAUCCACAGAGACAUAAAAAGUGACAACAUCCUCUUGGGGAUGGAUGGAUCCGUGAAGCUCACCGACUUUGGUUUCUGCGCCCAGAUCACUCCAGAGCAGAACAAGCGCAGCACGAUGGUGGGAACACCAUACUGGAUGGCACCGGAGGUGGUGACCCGAAAGGCUUACGGACCAAAAGUGGACAUCUGGUCUCUGGGAAUCAUGGCGAUAGAAAUGGUGGAGGGAGAGCCACCUUAUCUGAACGAGAAUCCACUCAGGGCACUUUACCUGAUAGCAACCAAUGGUACUCCAGAGCUGCAGAACCCAGAAAGGCUCUCAUCGGUGUUUAGAGACUUCCUCAACCGCUGUCUGGAGAUGGAUGUGGACCGCAGAGGCUCUGCCAAGGAGCUGCUGCAGCAUUCCUUCCUCAAGCUGGCGAAGCCCCUUUCCAGCCUGACGCCUCUGAUUGUAGCUGCUAAGGAAGCCAUAAAGAACAGCAGUCGCUGAGGGUGGGGCUCCCUGUCCAAGCCAAAGGCCGGAGCGCUGAUGCGUUGCUUUCAUGACAGCAGGGGUUUGGGUGAAUGGGGUGGGUUUGUGUGACUGACAGUGACAGCACAAGGGCAUAAGACCCUCCCCCAGCCGCCACCGCUCGUCCUCCAGGCCUCGUCUGUGGGACGGACAUCUGGCUUUGCAGCCUCUGGGCCACGCUGCUGAAAAAACAGACCUUGCCUCCUUGUUUACUUCUCCAGCACUGUACAUGUAGAGCAGUCUAUCACAAGUAUGUCAGACAUGCGUGUGUGUGUGUAGGUGUGUGUGUGUGUGUGUGCGUGCGUAUGCGUGUGUGUGUAAACAAACCGUGCACUUCUGUUCACAUCAUGUCUUGUUUUGGGACAAAUCCCUCCCUAAACAGCAAAGGAAAAAUAGUUUCGAUAAAAGUGAGAAGGAAAGGUGCUUAUUCUCAAGAGUAAAAAUAAAAAACUACUGCAGCAGUGAAACGGGGAAACAAAGAUUUCUUCCCCGUCCCGGGUUAGGAUUGGCUUCCUUCCCUCUCGGUUUGGACCCGACGUCAGCCUGCAUGACCGUGGUUCUGUGAAGAAGCACCGCUAACCCUCUGCAGAUCGCCUGCUCUGCUGUGUUUUGUGUGUGAAUGAACGUAGGAAUGCAACUACCUGAAGAGGAACACAAAUUCAAGAAUGAUUUCUUCGUGACUCAUGAAAGCUUUAAAUACCUUUUCCGAAAUCAAUUUCUGCAGUUCUUAUAUAUGAUUUGUGCUCAACCUCUUUUUUCCAAUUCAUUUGUUUUUUUUGGUUUUAAUCACUGGACAUAAAUUCAAUUUCAUUUUUAUAUUUGGUUUAUUUUAAAUUACUUUUUGAAUAUGUGAAGUCUUCAUUAUUUAUAAUAUAAUUUUUGAAACAUUCUGAAACAAACUAUCAUUUGAAACAUUAUUACUCCUAAUUUUUUAGCAUUGAUGUUUUUUUUGUUUGUUUGUUUUCAUACAGUGCGAUGCAAAAAGCCUUUCCACAUUUUGUCAUGUUGCAAACAUCAGCUUUGUGUAUUGAAUUUGGACUUUAUUUAUGAUGCAUAAUUGUGAAGUUGAAGGAAAAUGAUCAGUGGUUUGCAGGUACAAGGUGCCAUCUAGCAGAUUUACUUCCUGCAUUGUCCUGUUUUUAGCUCCAUGUCUCUAAAAUGGCUUCUUAUCGAUUUCCUUUUUAGUCCAGCUGGAUUAUCAUAUCUUAGUAGUUGGACUCCUUGAUUUUAUGUAGGAACAUAAACUCGAUUACAAAGGCACAUUACACCUUUAAUAUAUAUAUUUUUAAUUGUAAGCUGUGCAUUUUCCUCCUUCUAUUUCCACAACCAUGCUCUACAAUCUUGUAUUUGUAACAUGACGUUUGUGGUUAUAAAAUGAGAAAAUAUGAAAACAGAUUCAGUAAGAUUCUGAUAUGGUUUGGAUAAAUUAGAGGAAAAGUGAUAAAUUAAGAAGAUAAUAAUCCUGAAUUCAAUCUAAAGUCCAUGCUUCUCAUCUGUCCUUAAACCGUGAGCAGAGGAUGAAAUCCAGUAGAAACAUGUCUCAUUUACAAAACAACAAAAUGAAACGUCUGUUCAUUGUAAUUUUAAUUUUCCUUCUGAAUGUUGAUGUAAGAGGAAGCCUGGUUAAGUGGAAAACUUCACGUCCUUCUGACAUAAAAUUUAAGUUGCUCCUCGUCCGAGCUUUAGUUUUUAUUGAAUGUGUCUUGUAUUUUGACUUAUUUCUCAUAAGGUCAUUACAUUUUGUUGUUGGUUUUCAAAUAUGCGACAGAUUUGAGAGAGGUGAGCGUUAUCCGCAGAGCUAAAUAAGGAGCGCCGUUCUUAUGAUUGUACCCAUUCCUCUCAUACCUGGUUUAGAGUUUAAACUCAUUACAGUACAAAGUUUAUUCGUCCGUGGUUGCAUUCACUAGCUUCCUCCGGCAUUCCCCCACGUACAAUGCCGUGAGAAACUCGCAUGAACUCAUUCUCGACGUGAAUGUUGUGUUAAUAUCAGGCUUUGAAACAAGUCGACUGUUCUUGCUUCACACUUUUUAUAGCCACCAACAAGCUGCUACCAUAAUUCUGGCUGAAUAAUUGAUCGCUUUUCUAAGCAGAACUGGAACACUUCAUUUAAAACACAGCCUCAGACACAAGUCUGUUAUUUUCUAAUUGUGAGCAUGCUUUUAAAACCAGGGACUUUGGGGUUGUGUUUCCUUAAGCUUAAUGUUGAUCAGUUUUAUUUGUUCCAAACCCAUUUUGGUGUUCAAAUGGCAUCCUUUCAGUCUGUGUUUAUGUAAAACUAGCAUAGAGAGUUCAGUGACACCAGCUGAUUUACUUGAGCCUUGUUCGAACAGCACAAAGGUCCCAUAUACACAUAAAACCGGUUUUGAAAUAAAUAAAAUAGGCUAACAUUAACUUCCUGGAAUGUUUCUGACAGGGACCUUAUAGAAAUUUGCUCAGGCUGAGCAAUAAAUCAAUAACAAUAUAUAUGGUGAUAGACACUUGAUCAAUACAUCAGAUGAAAUGUUGAUAAUUUCACUGAACUCUGUUCCAGAACCGCACAGCAUUCUGGGAGAUGUGGGCAAAUGAAAGGCUUUAGCCUCUCAUCCUCUCAGGGCCAGCUGAACAAAAUUUGUGGCAUGAGCUAACUCACUGCUCUCUGGUUACCUAGCAACUCAUUCAAUCUCUGGUUACCUAGCAACAACCUGUUGAGUAAGAUACGCAGCAGCAGUUUCAGGUUUAGCCUGAAUCAACUCAAGAGGAAACUGGAUGAAACAGGAAAGGUCACAUCAACAGUUUGGCAUUAUUUCAGCUAUUUAAAACAAAAAACAAACAAAUAAUUAUUGAUAUCAACUGAUAUGAAAAUGUCUUAUUGUAAUACGAUUUUUAAUCAUAUCGUCAAACCCUAGGCCAUAUUUUAAAAACCAGAUCUAUGACAGGACAUGAGUUCUGUCAGAACCUUGUUAGUGGCUACAGAAAGAAUGUAGUGAAUAAACGACCAAAACGAACGACGUUCCUACCAAUGAUGAGUGGAUGCACAUUUCUUACCGGCAUUGUAGCUCCACUGUGUGUGUGUGUGUGUGUGUGUGUGGGUCUGUUUAUGUGAUAAUGAUGAUGAUGAUGAUGAUGAUGAUGAUGAUGAUGGGGGGCUGCCUCAAUCUGCACUAAAAGAUGCCUCACUCCUGUUUUCCACCUUACCUGUGAGGUGCAGGGUUGCUGCUCAGAAACAUCGUACCUCCUCUGUACAGAAGAUGCAGGAGAGGCGACAGACCUGAGGACGCAGCAGAUUCCAUGCAUGUGAAAACAAACUGUGCACUGUUAUCUCCUGAAACACAUAGGCUGGGAUUGUUAGGGUAUGUAUGUAUGUAAAUAUGGCAGGUCCUCUCCCCCUGCCCUCCCUGUCUGUUUUUCAGAACUGUGUAACUUAAGCUGAUAAUAAUUCAGGUGACUCGUAUGGUACCAAUAAAUGUUCUGCACUCUGGGAAUUGGGGAAAAAAAAAACAACAACAACCAAAAAACAGAGAAAGUCCAACCUACACGCCGUCUCUGCAUACUCCCAGAUCCGCCUCUCUCUGUUUUUUUUUUUUUGGGGUGGGGGGGCUCUAUAGCAGACAAUUCUUCAUCUGUGGAGCGAGCCUCUGAUCCCAGCUCUCUGUGUGCAGGCCCACACAGUCAGUCCAGGCCGAGCGCGGCUGCCCUCCUCUUCCUCCUCCUCUGUGUCGCUGCGUGUGGCCUGUCGGAAAGCCUCCCUGGCCCUGGGACGUUUUGGCCUUUCUAACCCUUGUACAGGUCUGAACUAUGAGCACAAAGGUGAACUUCGGGACAGGAGACACCACUGAUGUGCCCACCCACACCCCAUCCUUCCCUUCCCACUUUUCUGUGGUUGCUCCUGUACAUUCCUAUCUUCUGAAUGUCUAAACCUGUACACGUGGUGUGAAAAAUUCCUCUAUUAAUGUGUAUCAAGAGAAUGGAACAAAGACAAAAAAUGUUACUUUUUAAAUUAUUAUCUUUAUUAUUAUUAUUAUUACUCUUAUUACUGUCUAGCUUUGUAAACUGCUGAUCUAUCCGGCGUACCUCGGCAGACCUUUCCCUGUCUUUGAAAAAAAAAAAAAA